UUAGCUGCCUCUCCCACUCACCCUUUCGACAGCACGCCUCGCACGUGCCAUUAUGCUAUUGAAUCUGCAGUUCUGACUGUGAAGGUAGGUUUGCAAUCCAUCUUGUAAUACUACUGGACCCUAUGUGGAGUUCCGAAAGCGGUGGAGCACUUCUCCACCUUGGUCACUCCAAAGGCUAAAGAUGCUCGCACUCCCUCGCAUCGUUCACAGAUCCAUAUCUCUUCCGUUUCAAGUAACGAGUCCCCGUCGUUUGGGUCUGUGAUCCGACGCCGUUGCCGUCAAUCUUCUUAGUCUGUGUCCACUUUGGACCCACUAACGUCUAUUUCAUCCUUCUAUUCUCCUUCGACGCCUCUCCGGUCGACGUUGUCUUCACGUCCUCCUCCUACCAUACCGCAUGUUCUAGGACUGAACAUUGACCAUGGGUAGCAACACAGACUCCGAGACUGCCAAAUCGGCCAGGCACUCCGUACACGGCACAUCGACCCAGCCAACCAUCUCCCAGGACAAGAAGUCAACACCACACACAGGAAACAAUCGAAACAUUAUGGCAACGAUCGUGGACGAUGACGAUCGUCUCCUCGUGCGAAUUGGAUACACUCCAGUUCUGGAAAGGCAUUUCUCACGAUGGUCCACCGUUUCAUAUGCAAUCUCAAUUCUCGGAGUGUUAGGAUCAGUGCCAGCAACAUUUGGUGUCCCAAUGACCUCUGGUGGACCAGCAACAUGUGUUUGGGCAUGGUUCAUUGGUAGUAUUAUGGCAUACUGUAUAGCCAGUUCAGUGGCCGAACUUGUAUCAGCAUAUCCAACAGCCGGCGGAAUGUACUAUGUAACGAAACACGUUGUGCCUCCAGAGCACGUCGCAGCGUGGGCUUGGAUCAUUGGGUGGUGUAACUUCCUCGGCCAAGCAGCGGGUGUUGCGAGUCUGGCGUACACGAUCUCUCAGAUGAUCUUGGCUACGGCCGUUAUGCAUACUUUCGAUGGAGGCGAGGCUACUUUCACACCAAACGCUCAACAGACCAUCCUUCUUGCAAUCUUCGUUUUGUGUCUGUUUGGCACCAUUUGCUCUUUCCCUACCAAUUGGCUACACCGCAUCAUUCUAUGGUUUGCUCCUAUCAACAUUAUCGCAUCGAUCUGCAUCUGCAUUGCACUGCUCAUUCUUACGCCUAAUAAGCAAAGCGCAUCGUGGGUAUUCACAACAUUCACGGACGGCUCUGGUUGGGGCAGCAAAGGAUUCUCAUUUUUGCUUGGUUUCCUAUCAGUCGCAUGGACAAUGACUGACUACGAUGGCACCACACACAUGUCAGAAGAGACGCACGAUGCCGCCAUCCGUGGCCCAGUGGCCAUUCGCGCAGCCAUCCUAGUCUCAGGUGUCACUGGCUGGAUGCUCACUGUCACGUUCUGCUUCUGCAUGUCAGACUACGAGGGCAUUAUGACAACGCCGACUGGUCUACCUGCUGCACAGAUCUUCUUCAAUGCCGGUGGCAAGACUGGAGGCACGAUUAUGUGGUUCUUCGUUAUGCUGGUGCAGUUCUUCACUGGUUGCAGUGCUAUGUUAGCGAAUGCUAGGAUGGCGUGGGCGUUCUCGCGAGAUGCUGCGUUCCCCUUCUGGAGCAAGGUAAACACCUACACCCACACGCCCGUCAACGCCGUCUGGCUCGUCGUCGCCUUCUGCAGCUGUCUCGACCUCAUCGGCAUCGGCUCUACCGUCACGAUCACGGCAAUCUUCAACAUCACCGCGCCGGCUCUGGACAUCUCCUACAUUGCCGUCAUCAUCGCGCAUCGCUGGUAUGAAGACCGUGUCGUCUUCCACGCCGGCCCGUACACCAUGGGCCUCUGGAGCAAGCCCGUCAAUGCUGUAGCCGUGACAUGGGUCAUUUUCAUCAGCGUGGUGCUGUUCUUCCCGACUGUGAACCCGGUGACGGCUACGAACAUGAAUUAUGCGAUCUGUGUGGCGGCGUUCAUCGGACUGUUUAGUACAGUGUGGUGGUAUGCCGGUGCGAGGAAGAGUUACACUGGACCACGCACCAGCGAUACCAUCGGCGAACUACCACCCGAGGAUAUUGAGGACGUGUUCAGCGACUAUGAU